GUAGAGUUACAUGAAACAGAAAGUCAUCUUUCACACUGCCAUUGCUUAACCUACAGGAGAGAGCACCACAAUGGCAGAGAAUCAGGAACUGUUCUGUUGCUCCAUCUGUCUGGAUCUACUGAAGGAUCCGGUGACUACUGCCUGUGGACACAGUUACUGUAUGGGUUGCAUUAAAGAAAGCUGGGAUCAGGAUGUUCUGAAAGGUGUCUACAGCUGUCCUCAGUGCAGAGAGACAUUUAUCCCAAGACCUGUUCUGAAGAGAAACACCGUUCUGGCUGAAGUGGUGGAGAAACUGAAGAAGACAGGACUCCAGGCUGCUCCCCCUCCUGCUCUGUGCUAUGCUGGACCUGGAGAUGUGGCGUGUGAUUUCUGCACUGGGACCAGAAAGCAGAAAGCCCUCAUGUCCUGUCUGGCAUGUCUGGCCUCUUACUGUGAGACUCACCUCCAAUCUCACCAUGAAUCUCCUGCUUUGAAGAAGCACAAGCUGGUCAAAGCCACCGCACAACUACAGGAGAAGAUCUGCUCUCAUCAUGACAAACUGCUGGAGGUUUACUGUCGUACCGAUCAGCAGUGUAUCUGUUAUCUGUGUACAAUGGAUGAACAUAAAGGCCAUCAUACAGUGUCAGCUGCAGCAGAGAGGACUGAGAAACAGAGGCAGCUGGGGAUGAGUCAGCAGAAGGUCCAGCAGAGAUUCCAGGAGAGAGAGAAGGAGCUGAAGAAUCUCCAAAAAGCUGUGAAGUCAUUCAAGCGCUCUGCACAGGCAGCAGUGGAGGACAGUGAUCAGAUCUUUACUGAGCUGAUCUGCUCCAUUGAGAGAAGGAGCUCUGAGGUGAAGGAGCUGAUCAGAGCCCAAGAGAAGGCUCAAGUGAGUCAAGCUGAAGGACUCCUGGAGCAACUGAAGCAGGAGAUAGCUGAGCUGAGGAAGAGAAGCACUGAGCUGGAGCAGCUCUCACACACAGAGGAUCACAUCCAAUUCCUCCAUAGUUAUCAGUCUCUCUCCAGUAUCAGUGUAUCUUCAGACUUACCCAGCAUCGUUGUCCGUCCUCUUCAGUACUUUGGAGAUGUGAGUAAGACUCUGUCUGAACUGAGAGAGAAACUAGAAGACUUCCUUAAAGGAGAAUGGACCAAGAUCUCAACUACAGUGAAUAUAGUGGAUGUUGUACUGCCUCCAAAGCCCAAGACCAGAGAACAGUUGUUACAAUAUUCCUGUCAACUCACACUGGACCCAAACACAGCAUGCACAUACCUCUCUCUGUCUGAAGGGAACAGAAAGGUGACCUAUACAGACCAAGUCCAACCAUAUCCUGACCAUUCAGACAGAUUCACCAACUACUGGCAGGUUAUGUGUAGAGAGGGUCUGUCUGGACGCUGUUACUGGGAGGUGGAGUGGAGUGGGGAGUGGGUUUAUACAGCAGUCUCAUAUAAAGACAUCAGCAGAACAGGGUCAGAUGGUGGAUUUGGAUACAAUAACAAGUCUUGGAGUUUACUGUACUAUAGAGGUGGUUAUUGUUUCAGACACAAUAACGUUGAGACUGAAGUAUCAGGCCCUCAGUCCUCCAGAGUAGGAGUGUACCUGGAUCACAUGGCAGGUACUCUGUCCUUCUACAGUGUCUCUGACACAAUGACCCUCCUCCACAGAGUCCAGACCACAUUCACUCAGCCCCUCUAUCCUGGGGUUUGGCUUACUGGUACUGUUGAGCUGGUUAAACUGUAGUAGGGUCCACAUAGAUACUAGUCAUGCUGGUGUAGUCUAUAGCUGAGCUGGUUAAACUGUAGUAGGGUCCACAUAGAUACUAGUCAUGCUGGUGUAGUCUAUAGCUGAGCUGGUUAAACUGUAGUAGGGUCCACAUAGAUACUAGUCAUGCUGGUGUAGUCUAUAGCUGAGCUGGUUAAACUGUAGUAGGGUCCACAUAAAUACUAGUCAUGCUGGUGGUGAUGGUCCCCAGAUGUGAUGAUUUAUUCUACUCUGUUUCAUCUACAAUGAUUUAACUGAUUUCAUCUUCAGAUGUUCUGAAUUAAAAUAAACAUUCAAUGUAUUCAUAUCUAUUUAAAUACAAUGUUUUAAUCGUGUACAUUUCCAUGAAUCAUGAUGUAUGGUGUUGAUGUAUAUUGGUUGUCAUUCAGAACCAUUGAUAUGUUUUCUCAGUUGGUUCUCUGUCUCUAUGUAAUUCUCCUCAGUAUCAUUGAUCAGCUUGUAGGCUCGGCCCUAAUUGAUGUGUUCUCUGUCACCUGGAGCUGCAUGGAAAAUGGUCCAGGAACAAAAGGACAAUUCAGGACUAGUCAGCCCACUACAAGCUGGAAUCACUUACUUUCUACUAAAGUAUAUGGUCUGGUUUCCCAGACACCGAUGAAUCCUAGUCCUGGACUAAAAACAUGUUCAAUGUCGAUGUCCAGGAUACCGGCCCUAAAUGUGUCAUCUUUCAUCCUCCCAUACUGCUCAGUCCAGCAACAUUAAACCUGUCCAGCAGGUGGUGGUAUUGACCAAACAAUAAAACCAGCAGAUAUCUUGACUUGCCACUCAGUAUAUCAGUCAUGUUCAGAAUAGUACUUUUAAUAUCAUUGGACAUCGAUGGUCUUUUUAAUCCACUAUCCAGAGUCAGGAACAGAUGAAGUUAGGUCUGCUACUGUUCAGUGAUUAAAUAUGAUUUAUGGUGAUGGGAAAUAAAAAAUACAACACUAAACUUCA